CUUUUAACAUAUCUAUAUGCUUAUUCAAUUCGCCAAUCUUACAAAAACACGAUGAUGCUUCUUUAACGCUCUUGGUUGAGUCCAACAAGAAACCUGCCACCCCGUAUAACAACACGCCGCCCUUUUUAAGCAGCUUACAGGCGGGACAACCACAAUGGCGAUCCCUGAAGAUCUAGAAACAGGGGCUGCGGCGCCUUCAGCGGCAGCACAAGAGCCGAGUCUGGAAACGGCAACCACCACCACCACCGCUUCAGACGGGAACGGGCAGAAUCAAUGUGUCGAAGGGGAAGCCAGACAAGAGCCCAGCAAAACUCUCGAGCCCACCACGCGGUUUUCAGGCCGGCAGAUUUUCUACAUCUUUGGUUUGGAUGGUGUGGGCGCAAUGAUUCUGUCAGGGGGUGUCAAUUUCGCCAUCGCGUACGCCAUGUAUACCACACAAAACACAGUCAAGCGGCCUGUUCGCCUGUGGCAGCUCCCCAACACGCUGGCCGGUGACGCUGCUGUCACGAUAUUUGUGCAGUGCCUCAUCACCUGGUUCGUCGAGUUGUUUCUCCUUCGCUAUGAUCUUCGCCAUCACUCAGUACAGCCCAUCGGCUUUAUCUCACAGCCGUCUCACCCAUGGGUACGAAUGUUCUUCUUCCUUCCUCGCGAUCCAUCCGCCGGAGUUGGGAACCCGCAUCGCCCAUGGACUCUUCUUGAAGUUAUCCAGCAGGCCUUGAGGGGCCUCAGUUUCGGCGUCGUGGGCUUCCUUGUUUUAUGGCCCAUUUUCAUGGGCGCAUUGACUGGAUUCGGGACAAAAGAGGGCGCCGAUUAUGUGUAUCACGACAAAUGGCUGCCCCAAGUUUUUAAAUUAAUAUUGGGCGGAGUUUUGGGCUUGCUGACAACGCCGCUAAUGGCAAUGUUUUGGCUGGUUAAAGCGGGCUGGGAAUACAAAAAGGAAGAGACCCCAACGGUUGCAGAAGUAUGAGACUGCAGCCGCACAAUGAGUAUAUGACAUGUAUAG